UCGGUCACAGCUGAUUCAAUUCGCGCCAUUUUUUGUUAUUUGUGAUUUAACGACCCACGACUCGAAAUUAAAACUGAUAUUUAAAAGAGAAAUGACUACUUUAAUAGAACAGUUGAUAACGAAGAUGGGCCUGCGGGAUGAGCCCAAUGUGAUGGAGAAGACCACCGAAUUGGUGCGUCUACUGGAGCUGCGCUCCACAAAUGUCCCCCUGCAGAUCAACGAGUAUGGAAAGAUAGUCUUGUGUGCGGACCUCGCCUCCUGUCUGCUGGGCAUCCCGUUCGACAAGGAGCAGGCCCUUAAAAUGUCGGGCCUGCGUAGGAGCCACUACCUCAACAACAAGCGAAUGUUUGAGAAGCUCCUAGACCUGAACAAGCUGGCCAGCGUGAACGACAUAUGUGUGCAGUUGGGCCUCAACGAGGUGGCCCGCAAGGCGGAGGAGCUGAUGACCCUCUUCAAGGCUGUGGCCGCCACCGAAGACACCGGAACCGACACUACCCAUCCGCAGUACGCAGCCAUGGCCGUCUUCCAGGCCUGCCGCCUGCUCAAGAAAAAGGUCUCCAAGUCGAAGCUAAUGCCCUUCAGCAACCUUCGUCCCACCCAGUUCCAACAGCUUGAGCAUCAGUGGACUCUCAUGAUAGCCAAGCACCACAAGGAGAGCAAAUUGCCAGCGUCCUUCGAUUUGGACGGGAAACUUAAGGAAAGUCAGCAGGGGAAUAUCAAAGCACAAGAGUGCAAGAAGGCGCAGAAGCCUCAGACGGAGGACUACGAGACAUGGAAGGAGCGAAUGCUGGCCAGGGCGCAGGCGCAGCUGAAAGAACAGGAAAGUUCGCAUCCCAAUCUGGAUAAUCAGAUGGAGGCGUAAAUAUUUAUUUUAUAUAUGUUAUAGGCAUUUCCUAAAGAUCCAGUUUGUCAGUUAGUAAAUAUUGUAAAUUACACUUAAUAUCACCAUCAGUUAUAGUUUAAGUAUAAAAGAUGCUAAAGUAACAUGAAUUGGCAUUUUGAAUUCUUACUUAAGCAUUUUGUCAAAAUUGUGAUUCAUUUUUUAUACUGGCGUGUGUUUAUUGUAAGAGGAUCAUACAAUUCUCUAUUAAAUUAGAUUUUAUACCCAGGUGAAUGCUUUGAAAUAAACAAAAAGUUGCCCAAUUAAAAGUGACUGUAAAAGAUGGAUACGUAUGUACCCAUAUAGUACCUCCAAGCAUGAAUAAUCAUAUUCAACUAUAACGAUCGGGAAAAAUAUCUUUAAGUUUAGAUCCCGUUUAGAUAGACUCUUGUUUUUAAAGUUAGUAACAAUUAUUUAUUUGUUUUAAAAUUGUCAUUAGUUGUAGGCACAUACAUUCAUAUAAAAUUAAAAAAUGCAUUUUGAAAUAACAUUUCCCUUCGUUAGUACCCAAAAAGGGAUUCCUAUUCCUGUGGUAGAGACAAAUAAAAUCAAAGAUUUCUUUGGAUUUCUCAGUCGGUAAGCUCGUCAA